GGAGAGGGCGGAGGGUGACGAUGGUGGCGUGUGACACUGCUGGCUCAUUCCAACUCUGGAAGUUGAGGAGGAGGAGGGAAAAAAGACAUUUGUGUGUUGAGAAAGAAGGGAGCGAGAGGUGGAGAUCACACCGCUCAACUUGUGUUUCCCUUUUUUUUUCCUAACCCUCCCCUCCUGCGCCUUACUCGGACUCCUAAUUUGGGAUUUGUUUAAAAGCUGGACUGCGCCUCAGGAAGACUUUUCCUUGCCGGGGAAAGGGGAACCCUGCUCCCUGUCGCUCAUACAUAACUCACUGUUGCUCCUCAAAAAUGUCUGACUCCUCUGUCAACGCUCACUUGGAAGGGAUCAUAUCAGACUUCGAAGCACUGAAACGGUCGUUUGAAGUGGAGGAAGCAGAUGCAGUCACAAAUCCCUCACCGCUGUCUCGUCGAGCCACCACUCCCCUUCGGUCAUCUACAUCGUCUACAUCCAGCCAGCGGAGCUACGACUUAAGCUCUCGCAACUCUGACUACUCCUCCUCCUCCAGAUCGUCUGAGUCAUCCAGUCUACGCUCCCCAAAAACCGGUAUGAGGCGCAUAGAGUUAUCCGGGGGUCGUAACCCCGAUGCUGCCUCCUCCCGUCGCACAGAGAUGUCCAUAGAGGUCUCCUCCAAGCAGAUUGAUAACUCACCCAGUGCUGGAAUAGCCCGCUUCGGUCUAAAACGACCAGAGGUGAGUCUGAGCAGCAGGAGUAACCCCCUGGAUGGAAACUCUAUCUCCAGCACCGCCAACAGACGAGCAGAGCUUGGCACCACCCGUGCCCAGGAGCCCCCUGCACCUCCCAGGAGGAUGGAUGCUCAGCUGUCAUCCAGGAUUCCCGAGCCUCCUCAGAGAAGGGCGGACCCCAUCUCCCCUAACCUCAGCACAGUUGAUGGCAUCUCCAGGAAGUCAGAGAUGUCUGCCGUCAGACAUCUGGAUAACUUUGUGCCAAACAAUCCAGCUGAGAACAACCACCCACCUGCACCCAGUGCUCCCCUGCCUUCUUUGGGAGACUCUAGGGUGGAUAGGGUGCAGUCACCUGACACAGAGCCAGCCACAAUCCGGUCGACUGACAGACCGGAAGUGUCAUCCAGCUACAGCAACAGUGCCAUGUCUGAGACGGUGGUGCCUGACACGAUGGUGUCCCCCGCAGUGGGGAGUCUGUAUGGAGAGAAGACUGCUGGUCCAGUGGUGGACUUCAGCUAUGUAGGUAUUGAUGCUAUUCUUGAGCAGAUGAGGAGGAAAGCCAUGAAGCAGGGGUUUGAACUCAACAUUAUGGUUGUUGGACAGAGCGGUCUGGGAAAGUCUACUCUAAUGAACACGCUGUUCAAAUCCAAAGUCAGCCGAAAGUCUGUGCUGGCCACAUCCCAGGAAAAGAUCCCCAAAACAAUCGAAAUCAAGUCCAUCAGUCAUGACAUUGAGGAAAAGGGAGUGAGAAUGAAGCUGACGGUCAUCGAUACGCCCGGCUUUGGAGACCAGAUCAACAACGAGAACUGCUGGCAGCCCAUAAUGAAGUUCAUCAACAACCAAUAUGAAGCGUACCUGCAGGAGGAGAUCAACAUCAACAGAAAGAAGAGGAUCCCAGACUCUAGAGUCCACUGCUGCAUAUAUUUUAUACCCCCGACUGGACACUGUCUGAGACCUCUUGAUGUAGAAUUCAUGAAGCGCCUGAGUAAAGUGGUCAACAUAGUCCCAGUCAUCGCCAAGGCGGAUACGCUCACACUGGAGGAGAGAGACUUCUUCAAAAAGAAGAUCAGGGAAGAACUGCGAUCCAAUGGGAUCGACGUUUACCCUCAAAAGGAAUUUGACGAGGACUCGGAGGACAGGAUGAUUAACGAGAAAAUCCGGGAGAUGAUCCCGUUUGCUGUGGUAGGAAGCGAUCAGGAAUACCAGGUCAAUGGCAAGAGGCUCCUGGGGAGGAAGACCAAAUGGGGAACUAUUGAAGUUGAGAACAUAGCUCACUGUGAGUUUGCCUACCUACGGGAUCUUCUUAUCAGGACGCACAUGCAGAACAUUAAGGACAUCACCAGCAGCAUCCAUUAUGAAAUGUAUCGUGUGAGACGCCUCAAUGAGAACAACACAGCAGUGACUCAAGCCAACGGUAUCCCAGAACACCACCUGUCCGCCCAUGAGAUGUAAACACCGACCUGCUCCAAAAGCAUCAUCAUACGUUAGCGACGAGACUGCGAUCCUCAGCAACAGCCCUCCCACCCUUCCACCCCCACAUCCCAGGUGGGACAGAAACUUCAAAGUCUUUCCAGAGGGACUUUGUGUUCAGCGACUUCCUGCAGCUCAGAGGACUCUUCAUGUCAGCUUUAGUGCCUUUCUUUUUAACCAAACCUCGUUAUCUCUCAGUUGCUGACAAAGAUGGUGAGGAGAAAGCACCGGCUUCAGAAUGUGCUGCAGUUUGAGUUUUCAUAUCUUAACAGUUAAUAUUUGUGGUGCCAAGCCAGAUAGAAUGACACUCCAUCUUCUUCAGUGUCAGAUUUGUCUUAAGCAGUAAAAACAACUAAUUUCAUCCUCGUCUUUUUGCAAGUUUGAUGUUUUCUUCAUGCCUUUUUAAGGACAUUUUACCACACGGGUUUAUUCAAUUUUUUCGUUUUGAUGCUUUGCAUGUGUGAGAAGUGAUGAUUUUUCACUCAAUCACUGCAUAUUCUGGUGGAAGAGAGCCAGGCAGCUCUUACCCAACACAUGCAGAUGAGAGGCUGCAUCACAAACACACCAAAUAUCACAUCAUAUAUCUAACUUUUUCCUUCCCCUCACAACCUGUGCCUGACUUUUUCCUAGAUGGUCAAAUCCCUUUAAACACAGGUGCCAGACUUCUGUCACCUUUUUAAAUUCCCAUCUAUAAAUGUCAUUGUUUAUUGAUAGAAGAGUGAUUUAUGAUGAAAAAGUAUAUAUGCACGUUUUAAAAUGUGAAUGUUUUUGUGGUCCACACUUCUUCCCCGAACACAUGGUUUUCCUUCCAUGAGGUCCACUGCAGUGCCUUAUUUAUGGGAGAAUAAUAUACAAGCAUGCUGGCACAAACAGAAGAACUGUUUGUUUGUUUACGGUGGAAUUCUUUUAAAUAUGUUCUGCGUCAUUUAUUCAGUAAAGAAAAACGAUUUUUCUAUCUUCCUAAUGUACCAAAUAUUUGUCUCUGUUAUUCAUAUAGAAUUCCGUAAGCUGCCACUCCUCUGCCUUGUCUUGUAUAUUCUUGUGUUCUGAUACAUUUUUUUUGUACUUUUAUUAUAACAAAAUUUCCUCUACCUUAUUUUAAAGAAAUAAAGAUUGAAGUUGUAAAUA